AUGUCUUUGGUAGAAUCGUUCAACAGGGCUCCUUUAUUAUUGAAGAUCGCCCUCGGAAUAGCUUUUAUUGGGUGGUUCUUCCAUCUGCUUGGUUUUGCGACACCUUAUUGGUCGACAGCUCAAUACUUCUCGAUUAUUGGAAUUGAUGUGCACUUCGGGCUUUGGUUCUACUGUGCAAGAGGAUGUGAAGGUUACAGUCAUGUGCAAAGUUGGAUGGAAGCUACACAAGCGUUUGCAAUACUUGGAUUUCUGGCCGGCCUUGCAGCCAUUGUACUGGCUGUAUUGUAUGUGUUUUUGGAACAACUGAGGAAAGACAUUAUUUACAUAAUAGCAAGCUUGGGAAAUCUCGUCGCUGCCGGAUGUAUUUUCCUCGCCGUGGUCAUUUUUGGUUCUAAGAUCACUACUGGAUUAUCGUGGUCAUUUGGUUUAUCGAUCGUGGGAAUGAUAUUUCACGGCGUCGCAGGAGUACUGAUGGGUGUCAACAGGUUCCAGAACAAACCCCAAUAAAGAACAGAAGGACGUUUAAUCUGCUUAUAUAUAAUUUUAUAUAACAUUGCAGUUUCAGCUUUAAAAAACAUAAAAAACUAAAAAAGCAAAAUAUUGUCGCUGUCUACUUGUCCGUCUGAAUUUGCAUUUCAAAAUAUAUAUAUCCUAAUACCGUUUCUACCAUUUGGAGAGCUACGUUCUGAAAUUUCCACAAAUUCAUUGUGAUUGGAUGUUAUUUAUAAA